GCUGUACUAGAAAUGGUGCAAUAUACUAAUACUCAAGUAAUAAUAGUGUAGUAAUACAUCACAACACCACAGCGCCCCCGAGAGGCCAUGCCGCACAUCGUAAAUGUCGCAAUUUUUUUCCCCUCUUUUCCUGUCUGACAUGAAAUGGGAAUGAAAUUUUUCCUCAUUUUUAGCCCAAUUAGCAUGACCAAAACUUUUUGUGUUCAUUUUGGGAAUUUCAAUUUUUUUUUUUCCCCCCACAUUUUCACUUGUGACUAUUUUUGGGUUGUUGUUUUAAAUAUUCAAAGUUGACUUUUGCGAGUUAUACCCGCAGAUCGUUCAAAUCCAAGACUGGGACCCGGCUGCUAAAAAUGGGAUUGCAAAAUCUCUGCAGUUUACCGACGGUGCAGUACUAUCAGAAACGCAAACGAAAUGUCUUUUGGCGGCUUUGCGGCCACGAAGUGACGCAAAGGAUCCCACGUAGUUCGGGAGCGACCUUUAAGGGUCGCCGAGCAGGAUGCGGAGCCUACGAGAGGAUUUUACAAGCGCUGUGGCGGACGUACUCGGUCGGGACUGAUGUCGAAGUUGUUCAAGAGCCGCGCUUGGCAAAAGCUUUCAAAUCUGCGGUACAAGUUGAAGUCCUCAUAGUAGCAGCUUCAGGACUUUGUAGGAAGAGUGCAGCAUUAGUACACUUGUGCUGUUGUUGUGUGAGUGUAGGAACAGUUUCGGACUAGCGUACUAUUUGGGCAAUAAUUUACUCGUGCAGUGUAGUAUUAGUGGGACAGCAUAUGCUUAUCGUAUCACCGUGGCAUAUAGAUUAGUGAAAAAUGCAGGAAUUGUCUCCUGAUCGUGUAGUAAUACCACACGUAGUAGUAGUAGUAUUACCGUCGUAAUAGUGCAGUAUACACGGUAUCGCGUGACAAUCUUGUAGUCGGCUAUAGACGCGCUGUCCUGUCAGUGUGUCAGUAGUUUGGUAGUAGCGCCUCCGCGUGUCAAAUGCGAGCGAGGAGAUUAGCGGAUUAGCGUGUUAGCGAUGUUUGCUAGAAGCUGCAGAGGCUCAGCGGGCCACAUGAUCUCUAAUCUGCACGUUGCGGGAGCGGAAAACUGCGUGCGUGUCAGCCGGGUGCCGGUCCAAAUGCCAGCCAUGAAGUUUUUCCCAGCCGCCGCCGUCCCGCUUCUGCUUUUCGGCCAGUCCGCAGUCUUUGCUCUGCUUCCCGCCGCGGACCGGGAACCCUCCUUCAGGACGCCGAGCGCGUCGCAGGACUCGUCCACACCCCCAGAACUACCUGUGAUCUGGAGCGAGCUGAUGGGAUUGAGACAGCUCGUGCUCAGUCUUCAGACGGCGGUAGUGGAACAGCGCCAGGCCCUCCGGGCUUCCGAGAGCUCCCGGAGGGACGGGCAGGAGGCGGCGGAGAAGCAGAGACGGCAGCUGGAAGCCGUGCAGGUCCAGAUGGAGGCGGACAGGAAGCUGGUCUUCGGUCUUCAGGCGGCGGCGGCGGACCAGCGCCAGGCCCUCCGGAAUGCCGAGACCCGUCUGAGGGACCGUGAGGAGGCGGCGGAGAAGCAGAGAUGGAUUUUGGACUCCCUGCAAGUCCAGAUGGAGGCGGACAGAAAGCUGGUGAGCGAGAUGCAUGCUGACCUCGGGACGAGGGACGAGCGCCGGCAAGUAUCGAUACUGACCAGGUGUUUGGUUGCGUGCUACUCAGAAGACGUGUGGAGUCUGCAGUCCAGACUGAACACCAGUGAAAGUUCUGUGGAGGACUUGAAGAAGAAGACGACGGUUCUGGCCGGAGACCUUCCCUUCCUGAGGACCAGGUUGAGGGCCAGUGAGAGCGCCCUGGACCAGCUUCGGAGGAAGAGUUCAGUCCUCGCAUCUCGCCUUUGCCUGCUGGAGGGUCCGAGGAAGGGCAGCUCGGUCGAAGACUCUGACGUCCAAGGCCAUCAGAACUCCAGCCGCGGUCACGUGACGGCCUCAGGUGUGGCCCAAGAUGGCCGACGGCGGGAGGAGGAGUCCCUUCUGGACACAGGUUUAUCAAAUCUGAACCACAACGUGAGCGCGCUCCAUGCUCAAGUGCUCCUCCUGGAGGGCAAAGUGAUGACUGGAGAAAGAUCCUCCAAGGACAUCACAGACUUAUCGGCUCUGCACCACAACGUGAGCGCUCUCCAUGCUCAACUGCGCCACCUGGAGGGCAAAGUGGCGACAGGAGCGCGACACCUCCAGGACAUCAGAGCUGCUUUGGCGAACACCGCGAACGACACGCAGACACAAAGUGAAGGGUUGCAGGUGCGACUGAGCGUGGUGGAGGACUUUGUGGAGGAUCUGCUGACUGACAAUUCAGGUGAGGUUCUAGAAAGAGAACGUCAGGCUGCUGUUGGGACUAGAACCUGCGGAGAAUUGCAAUUGCAACGUAAGAGGCUGCGCUCGCCUUCUCCCUGUCGUCGUCACUUUUCAGUCCAGUCAAGUCAACUCUCCAGCAUGGAAGCGCAAAUGGCAGACGGGCGCGACAACGCCUCAGCUCUGGAGGUCGGCUUGAGGUGGGCCGAGGCUCGCCUGGAGAAGCUGCAGGUCCUCGGCUCGGCUCAGGCGGCGCAACUUUCUGACGUGGCGGCGCGAGUGGCGGCCGACGCGGACGCCGCCGCAGCGUUGGAGGCCCGACUGAACGUCAGCGAGAAACUUCUGGAACAACUCGGGACUCGCAGCGCAGGUGGAGUUGAAGACGAGCGAGGCGAAGAUGAAGAGCGUCCAGGCCACCGGCGAAGAGUUGACGUCGCGUUUGCGUGUUGUGGAGCGAGGCGGCGCCCGGAUGUCAGGUCGGUGUCCAAGUCGUGUUCGACCGCCGCCGUCGUCGUCGUCAUCCACGAUGUCGCCGACGUCGUGACAGCAGGCGAGACCAAGGUGGCCUUCGCCGCCGCGCUCACGGACUCGGGAUCCGUGGGACCUUUCGACCGGGAGACCACUUUGAUCUUCUCCAAGGUUUUCGCCAACGUCGGGCGGGCGUACGACGACGCCUCGGGCGUGUUCACGGCCCCCGUGGACGGCGUUUACGUGUUCAGCUUCACGGCGGCCGACUUCCUGAAAGGCUACAUGGGCGUCACCUUGUACCGCAACCAGCAGCCCGUCGUCUCCAGCCUGGACCUCAACGACCACGGCGGCUACGCGUCGGCCACCAACGGGGCGCUGAUCCCGCUGGAGACGGGAGACCGCGUCCGCCUCAGCCUGCCCGCGAGCUACAGACUCUACGACGACGCGCGCAGCUUUAGCGUUUUUAGCGGCUUCCUGCUGUUUCCGCUGGAGGCCGAUCGAUGAACGGCCUCCGUUUGCUU